AUGCUGCAGAGAGCAGCAGCAGCAGCAGCGGCAGCAGCUACGCACGCUGCUGCACCUGCUGCUGCUGCGCUCGCUGCUGCUGCUGCUGCUGCUGCUGCUGCUGCUUGGAAGCCCUCCGCAGCCAGGCAUCUUUCAACUGCAGCCAUAGAGGCGACGAGCAGAGACAGUAGCAGCAGCAGCAGCAGCAAACUCAGCAGCAGCAGCAGCAGCAGCAGCAGCAGCAAACUCAGCAGCAGCAGCAGCAGCAGCAGCAGCAGCAGCAGCAGCAGCAGAUUCUUUGGCGGGAGCAGCAGCAGAAGCAGCGCCUCUGGCCAUCCUGGCAAUGCUGCUGUCGCUCUAAGGCAGCAGCUGCUCCUCCUGUCCAUCCGUGCUGCAGCAGCAAACUCAGCAGCAGCAGCAGCAGCAGCAGCAGCAGCAGGGCAGCAGCGGCACCUCCCGCCCGACGUCAGCAUAGGGCUGCUUGGCCGUCUCGAUGGUUUGUGUCAGCAGGCGUUGCUGCUGCACGCAGCAGCAGCAGCAGCAGCAGCAACAGCAACGACCGCAGCAGCAAAUGCUGCUGCGGCGGCAGCAGCAGCAGCUUCCGCCAGUCCAAAAGCAGCAGCAGCAGCAGCAGCAAACUGUUCUGCUGCAGAUGUGAUGUGGCUUGAGAGUGUUGUGCCGCUGGUGCAGCAGCUAGCUGCUGCAGCUUUGCCUCCAAGGCAGAAGCAGCAGCUGCAGCUGCUGCAGCUCUUGCGGCAGCUGCUGCAGCAGCGUGACUUGCUGCUGCGCUUGAGUCCUGCUGCUGCAGCAGCGCUUGCUGCUGCUGUCGGUCACCUAGGCCUGCUGCAGGGUGCAGCAGCAAAAGCCGUUGCUGCUGCGCUGCUGCAGCAAGUGAACAAACUUCCACCACUGCUGCUGCUGGAGGUGGCUGCAGCAGUUGGACCUGCCCUGCAACAGCAGCAGCAGCAGCAGCAGCAGCAGCAGCAGCACGUGCUGCAGAAGCUGCAGCGCAAGCUGAAGCAGCAGCUGCAGCGAAACAAAGCAGCUUGCGAGAGCAGCAGCAGCAGCAUAAUCAGGUGUCUGUACACCCGAGCUGCUGUUGGGGGCCUCACAUCUUCCGAAGGGGAGCAGCUGCAGCAGCAGCUGCUGCAGCAGCUGCAGCAGCAGCCGCUGCUAGACAAUGAAGAGCUAGUGCAAGCAGCAGCAGCAGCAGCAGCAGCCCGCUGCCGCAGCGAGAUGCUGCUAGUGCAGCUCUGCCGGCAUUUGCUGCUGCGGCUGGGCGGACCCGACUUGCUGCAGCAAGACCAGCAGCAGCAGCAGCAGCAGCAGCAGCAACAGCAGCAACAGCAGCAGCAGCAAGACGUCAUGCCGGCGCACCUGCAGCAGCUGCAGCAGCAAGACCUGACGCAGUUUUUGCUGCAGCUGCUGCUGCUGCAGCGUUUUGGGCCCCCAGGAAUGGAGGGGAGGCCUUUGGCCUUCUGCAUCCACGCGGUUCUGCUGCCUCACUUGCGUGAGCUGCCUGCUGCUUCGCUGCAGCUGCUGCUGAGCGCGCUGGAGCUGCUGUCCCUCCAGGCGCCCCGUCGAGUGCAGCAGCAGCAGCAGCAGCAGCAGCAAAGUGUCCGUGCUCUGCUGCUGCUGGCAGUGCAUGCAGCAGAGGCAGCAGCAGAACAGCAGGCGCAGCGGCUGCAGCAGCCGCAGUUGCUGCUGCUGCUGCGUUGCGUCGCACGGCUAGCUGCAACUGCCACUGCUGCUGCUGCUGCUGAAUGCAGCACUGACAGCAGCAAGCAGCAGCAGCAGCAGCAGCAGCAGCAGCAGCAGCAGCAGGAAAGGGCUACACUUCUUCCCCUUGUUCCCCGUCUUGCACUGGCUGCUCGGUACUCUCUAGAAGAGCUCUCCAGGCACUUCGCGCUGCAGCGGACCUUUUUGCUGCUGCAGCAGCCGCAGCAGCAGCAGCAGCAGCAGCAGCAGCAGCAGAUAACAGCAGAGCCAGGAGGAGCAGUGCCUGCGAAGCAGCACCUUUCGCCAGGGACUGCUGUCGCCGCCAGGCUCAUUGCUGCAGCUAGCAGCAGCAGCAGCAGCAGCAGCAGCAGCAGCAGCAGAAGCAGCAGCAAAGACCUACAGAGUGUCGCAGAAGCCGCUGUGGAGACUCUGAAGGUCACUUCUUCUCUCAUGCCGUUCCUUCUCAUAGGGAAGGUACCGCUGCAGCAGCAGCAGCAGCAGCAGCAGCAGCAGCAGCAGCAGCUGACGCAGCAGCAGCAGGAAGCUGGACAGCGGGAACCUGGUGCCUUGCUGCCUCUGCUGCAGCAGCUGCUGCCGCUGCUUUCGCAUGCGUUUGCUGCCUCCAAUGAAGCAACAGCAGAGGCAAACAGAGCAGCAGCAACAGCAGCAGCAGCAGCAGCAGCAGCAGCAGCGGAUCAUCUCCGCCCAGCUGCUGCUGAGGCAGCAGCCUCGCUGCUGCUGUGCCUUGCGCCUUUGCUGCAGCUAAGCAGCAGCCUUAAAGGGGGCCCCUGGGGGCCCCCAAAAGUACCCUUUUGGGGGCCCCUGGAGACAGACGCAGAUGCACACGGGGCUGCAUGCGAAGCAGCAGCGCUGCUGCUGCUGCAGCAGCAGCUGCAGCAGCAAAGGGCUGAUGGCCUCUCGUCUAAGGCACAGAAGCGGUGGACUAAAGCCCUAGUACGCAAACCCUAA